UUAUAUUCAAAGAUUCAACAAAAAUGGUGGACGUUGAUCGGAGGAUGACUGGUCUCAACCCUGCUCAUCUCGCCGGCCUCCGACGUCUCUCCGCCAGAGCCGCCGCUUCAUCACCCUCCACCCCACUUCCAGCUCGCAACAGUCUCAUCUCCUUCACUUCUCUCGCCGAUAAAGUUUUGACCCAUCUCAAAAACUCUGGCGUACAGGUCCAGCAAGGGUUAUCCGAUAAGGAAUUUGCUAGAGCUGAAGCUGAAUUUGGAUUCGCAUUUCCACCUGAUCUUAAAGCUCUUCUCUCCGCCGGCUUGCCGGUGGGUCCUGGUUUUCCCGAUUGGCGUUCCGCCGGAUCAGCACGACAACAGCUACGCGCCACCCUUGACCUCCCUAUCGCCGCCAUCUCCUUUCAUAUCGCACGAAACGCAUUGUGGUCGAAGUCGUGGGGUCUCCGGCCGACGGAGCCCGAAAAAGCGAUGAAGAUAGCGAGAAACGCUCUCAAACGGGCGCCGCUACUUGUGCCGGUUUUUAAUCACUGCUACAUUCCGUGCAACCCGUCGUUGGCCGGAAACCCUAUUUUUUACGUCGACGAAAAUCAGAUUUUUUGCUGUGGUUUUGAUCUGUCGGAUUUCUUCGACCGGGAGAAAUCGACCCUGUUCGCAAAGUCCGACCCGCAAAACCUUAUGAAACAACGAUCCGUUAACGAAAAAUCCGGCGGAACUUUAUCGAAUAUCUCUCGACGGAGUCUUGACGCGGUGGCCGGAGGGAGAACGCCGAGAUGGGUCGAGUUUUGGAGUGACGCCGCCGUGGACCGUCGGAAAAGAAACUCAAACUCGUCCAACUCAUCGUCAUCUUCGCCAGAUAGGUAUUUCGAAAUCCCAAGAUCCGGGAUCCCGAAAUGGGUCGACUCGUACGUACAGCAGAUCGGGUCGGUUUUGAAAGAAGGCGGGUGGGCGGAUUCCGACGUGUCGGAAAUUGUGGAUGUUUCCUCCUCCGGCUUCUUCGAUGGCGAGAUGGUGUUGUUAGACAACCAAGCGGUUCUCGAUGCCCUUCUCUUGAAAGCGGAUCGGUUAUCCGAGUCGCUCCAGAAAGCCGGGUGGAGCUCCGAGGAGGUUUCGGAUGCUUUCGGGUUUGAUUUCCGGCAGGUUAAAGAACGUAAACCAGCGAAGAAAAUAUCGCCGGAGUUAGUGGAGAAAAUCGGAAAACUUGCUGAAUCUGUCUCCAAACGUUGACGGAGUUAGCGCCGGAGUUACCGUAACCGACAAACACGUAGAUUCUUUUUUUAAUUUUUUUUUUGAAAAUACAAAAUACGAAAUGUAUAAUAAAUUUCGUAUAAAGAGAAAAAGGAAUUAUGACUGUUUA